GCGUGUGCGCGCGCGCGGAUUUGGUGGGGGAAUCUCCUUCGGUGGAAGCUGCUGAGUGUCGCUGGCAGAGAGUAUUCUGGAGCCCAGCAAAAGCCUCCAAAGCACUUGAGCUUCCCGAAAGAAAAACAGAAUAAAAGACCGAAAAGAAGGGAAGCCCGCUCUCGUACCCGGGUUUCCAAUAGUCUCGGAUCCGCCCGGAGCUGAGCAGAGGCGCAGUUGGCGGCGGCCCCUGCUCGCGCCCGGACUUGGAAAGACGGUUUUUUCCCCCGCUUCGGGGAGGAGGGAGGUGAGGGACUCGCGGGCGAGAGUUGCACCUGGUCUAGGUGCGUUCAGAGAGGAGAACUCUGGGGAGGAGAGCGGCCCCGGAGCGCGGCAGCCAGCCUCUGACCAUGCCCCGGUGAGGGGGGCGGACUUCGAGGGCAACUUGUCGCGGACUACCUGGGCUUAGCCAGCGAGCUGCGAGCGCCGGGGGCCCGGAACUGUGCGGCGCGGCCCGGCGGGGGGCUAUCGUCUAUGUCUUCUUGGGGCGCCAGGCGGAUCGGGGUCUCGUUUUUGCAGGAAGAACCCGGCGCUGGUGGCUUCAGGUGGCUGCCGCCACCGCGGCUAGUGCUGUUUCCGCCUCUCGUGCGAGGAGCGGAGACCGGCGAUCGGGGAGACCUCCGGGGCAGCGAGGCAUCGGACAUGUGUCAGCACAUCUGGGGCGCACAUCCGUCGAGCCCGAGGGGAGAUUUGCCGGAACAAUUCAAACUGCGAUAUUGAUCUUGGGGGUGACUGUCCCUGGCCGGCUGUCGGGUGGGAGUGCGAGUGUGCGCUCGCUCGCAAGUGUGUGCGUGUUUGUAUGUGUGUGUGCCGUGUCGGGCUCCCCCCUUCCCCCCCGUUUUCCCGUCGAGUGAUGCACUUGGAAUGAGAAUCAGAGGAUGGAAAUAGUCUGGGAGGUGCUUUUCCUUCUUCAAGCCAAUUUCAUCGUCUGCAUAUCAGCUCAACAGAAUUCACCAAAAAUCCAUGAAGGCUGGUGGGCGUACAAGGAGGUGGUCCAGGGAAGCUUUGUUCCAGUUCCUUCUUUCUGGGGAUUGGUGAACUCAGCUUGGAAUCUUUGCUCUGUGGGGAAACGGCAGUCACCAGUCAGCAUAGAGACCAGUCACAUGAUCUUCGACCCCUUUCUGACACCUCUUCGCAUCAACACUGGGGGCAGGAAGGUCAGUGGGACCAUGUACAACACUGGAAGACAUGUGUCCCUGCGCCUGGACAAGGAACACUUGGUUAACAUAUCAGGAGGGCCCAUGACAUACAGCCACCGGCUGGAGGAGAUCCGACUACACUUCGGGAGUGAGGACAGCCAAGGGUCGGAGCACCUCCUCAACGGACAAGCCUUCUCUGGGGAGGUGCAGCUCAUCCACUAUAACCAUGAGUUAUAUACAAAUGUCACAGAAGCUGCAAAGAGCCCUAAUGGAUUGGUGGUAGUUUCUAUAUUUAUAAAAGUUUCUGAUUCAUCAAACCCAUUUCUUAAUCGAAUGCUCAACAGAGAUACUAUCACAAGAAUAACAUAUAAAAAUGAUGCCUAUUUACUACAGGGACUUAAUAUAGAGGAACUAUAUCCAGAGACCUCUAGUUUCAUUACGUAUGAUGGGUCGAUGACUAUCCCACCCUGCUAUGAGACAGCAAGUUGGAUAAUAAUGAACAAACCUGUCUAUAUAACCAGGAUGCAGAUGCAUUCCUUACGCCUGCUCAGCCAGAAUCAGCCAUCUCAGAUCUUUCUGAGCAUGAGUGACAACUUCAGGCCUGUGCAGCCGCUCAGCAAUCGCUGCAUCCGCACCAACAUCAACUUCAGUUUACAGGGGAAGGACUGUCCGAACAACCGAGCCCAGAAGCUUCAGUAUAGAGUAAAUGAAUGGCUCCUCAAGUAGGGAACGAGACCAAGAAGAAUCUCAAGAAGAAAUGCUACAAC